AUGAAGAACAUUGGAUCCUACAAGUUCAAAGGAGGAUCCGAUCCUAUUGAGGCCGACAAGUGGAUUACUAUGAUGGAGAAGAAUUUUGAAACCAUGGAGUGCCCGGAGGAGUACAAGAAGAAGAUCAAUGUGUACUACUUGGAAGGUGACGCCACAGGAUGGUGGGACAGCAUAGACAGGCAGCAUGGACACACCAUCACAUCGUGGGAGUCGUUCAAGGGAGAGUUUGGGAGGAAGUAUUUUCCUCCAGAAGCAAAGCAUCGAUUGGAGCGCCAGUUCAUGAACCUUGUUCAAGGAGAUAGGCCCCCGGAGCUUGGAAGUCGUUUAGGUGGAAGCAACUUUAGCAGCUUAUCGGAUCUGGUGGAAAAGGCUGUUAAUGUUGAGACUGUAUUGGAGGCUGAAAGGAAGACCUUACCACAUUCUGGUGGACACACCAAGUUUAGCCAAGGAGAAAGGCCAAAUUUCAACAAGGGUCCAAGAUCUUACAAAGGCAAAGGGCGAGGCUUUGGAGGCCAGGCCAACAAUCGUGGUAACACUGGUGUACAACGGAGUAACCAGCAAGGUUAUUCAUCGCUGAGGAAGGAAGAUGUUACUUUUUUCUUCUGUGGAAGGAAGCGCCACUAUGCAUCGUCAUGUCCAAACAAGCCAAUCCAUGCGACCCCUCUCGCAAUCCGAGCUCCUCCUAGCCGUCCAGCUAUUGAGCCAGAACCAAAGAAGCAAAAUCUAGGAGGUAGAGUUUAUGCCUUAGGUGUAGAAAACCCAGACAAUGCAGGACCGUCAAGCGGUCCCAUCACAGCAGGAACCAUACAUGUUGCUGGUAAACCCACACAUGUAUUGUUCGACUCGGGGGCAACACAUAGUUUUGUGACCCCUAAAGUAGCUGCCCGGUUUUGGGAUUGUUUUGUGGUUGACAGGAUAGAUGUGGCCGUCUUGACCCCCGCAGACCGAAACCUUCAAGAAAAUCAGUUUAUCAAGAAUGUUCCAUUGGUCAUUCAAGGCAAAGAGUUUGUGGCAGAUCUAUUAGUCGUGCCUUUGAAAGGGUACGAGGUAAUCCUUUGA